AAAAUGUGCUCUUAUUAUACAGUACAAAACCCACAGCAAGAGUUCCUCUUCCUCUCUCUCUGCUAGUGCUAUUCUCUCUCUCUCGCUUCCAUGGCUUUUGCUGCUUCGAUCUCUAACACAUCUCGCAUUCUCUCUUCAAGCGCAUUGUCUCUCGACACCAAGCACAAGAAGAAGAUCUCUCCUUCUUCAUGCUCAGCUUUAUCUUCUCUAUCUCGUUCUCCUCUUUUCAGGAACAAACAGCUGAAGAAUUUGCUUGGCCAUUGUUUCAGGACAGGUUUUGUUUCCCAAUGGGGAAGAAGGGAUUCGGCAUUUGGCAAUGUCUCUUCUUCAGUUAAAGCUGUUUUACUUGAUGAAUCCAAGGAAAAGGUUUACCUUUCAAAAGGCGAUAUGUGGUCAAUCCAUAAGUUUGGUGGUACUUGUGUGGGAAGCUCUGAGAGAAUCAAGAAUGUAGCCGAGAUUAUUAUUAAUGAUGGUUCAGAGGGAAAGUUGGUGGUUGUAUCAGCAAUGUCAAAGGUGACAGAUAUGAUGUAUGACCUCAUCUACAAGGCACAAUCAAGGGAUGAUUCUUAUAUUGCUGCUGUUGAUGCUGUUUUUGAAAAGCAUAGAUUAACGGCAGUGGAUCUUCUUGACGGGGAUGAUCUUGCAACUUUUUUGUCCCGGUUACAUCAUGAUAUUAACAAUCUUAAAGCCAUGCUUCGCGCAAUAUAUAUAGCUGGUCAUGCAACAGAAUCAUUUUCUGAUUUUGUUACAGGACAUGGAGAGUUAUGGUCUGCUCAAAUGUUGUCAUGUGUUGUCAGAAAGAGUGGGCUUGAUUGCAAAUGGAUGGAUACAAGAGAAGUGCUUAUUGUAAAUCCUACCAGCUCUAAUCAAGUUGAUCCUGAUUUUGUGCAAUCUGAAAAAAGACUUGAAGAAUGGUUCUCAAGAAAUCCAUGUAAUAUAAUAGUUGCAACUGGUUUCAUUGCCAGUACACCUCAGAAUAUUCCCACAACUUUGAAGCGUGAUGGAAGUGACUUCUCUGCGGCUAUAAUGGGUGCUCUGUUGAGGGCUCAACAAGUCACCAUUUGGACUGAUGUUGAUGGGGUCUACAGUGCAGAUCCAAGAAAAGUUAGUGAGGCUGUGAUACUGAGGACAUUAUCUUAUCAAGAGGCCUGGGAAAUGUCAUAUUUUGGAGCAAAUGUUUUACAUCCACGUACUAUUAUUCCUGUUAUGCGGUAUGAUAUUCCAAUCAUGAUAAGGAAUAUUUUUAACCUGUCUUCACCUGGAACAAUGAUCUGUCGGCCUACUCUGACUGAGAAUGAAGAUGGCCAGAUGUUGGAUUCCCCUGUCAAAGGUUUUGCGACAAUAGACAACGUAGCCUUAGUGAAUGUUGAGGGAACUGGAAUGGCUGGUGUCCCUGGUACUGCUAGUGCCAUUUUUGGUGCUGUGAAAGAUGUGGGAGCUAAUGUAAUUAUGAUAUCCCAGGCUAGUAGUGAGCAUUCUGUAUGCUUUGCUGUGCCUGAGAAGGAAGUAAAAGCUGUUGCAGAUGCUUUGCAGUCUAGAUUUCGUCAAGCUUUGGAUGCUGGACGACUUUCCCAGGUUGCCAUCAUUCCAAAUUGCAGCAUUUUAGCAACUGUAGGCCAGAAAAUGGCUAGUACUCCUGGAGUCAGUGCUACUCUAUUCAAUGCCCUAGCUAAGGCUAAUAUAAAUGUCCGUGCCAUAGCUCAAGGCUGCUCUGAGUAUAAUAUUACAGUGGUAGUCAAGCGUGAAGAUUGUAUAAGGGCUUUAAGAGCUGUCCACUCAAGGUUUUAUCUCUCACAAACCACAAUAGUAAUGGGGAUUAUUGGACCCGGUCUGAUAGGUGGCACGUUGCUUGACCAGCUCAGGGAUCAGGCAGCAGUCCUUAAGGAAGAAUUCAACAUUGAUUUACGUGUCAUGGGAAUUACUGGCUCAAGGAGAAUGCUUUUAAGUGAAGUUGGAAUUGACUUGUCAAGAUGGAGAGAACUUAUGAAGGAGACUGGUGAAGUGGCUGACAUGGAGAAAUUCACACACCAUGUGCACGGAAAUCAGUUUAUUCCAAAUACUGUUUUGGUAGAUUGCACAGCAGACUCUAAUGUUGCCAGCUGUUACCAUGAUUGGUUACAAAAAGGAAUUCAUGUGAUCACCCCUAACAAAAAGGCAAAUUCAGGACCACUUGAUCAGUAUUUAAAGUUGAGAGCUCUUCAACGUGAAUCCUAUACACAUUACUUUUAUGAAGCAACUGUUGGAGCUGGUCUUCCAAUUAUUAGCACUUUACGGGGUCUCCUUGAAACUGGAGAUAAAAUAUUGCAAAUUGAAGGAAUUCUCAGUGGUACUUUGAGUUAUAUUUUCAACAACUUCAUAGGUGCACAAUCAUUUAGUGAAGUGGUGGCACAGGCAAAGCAGGCAGGUUAUACUGAACCAGAUCCAAGGGAUGAUCUAUCUGGAACAGAUGUUGCAAGAAAGGUGAUUAUUCUUGCCAGAGAAUCUGGUUUGAAGUUAGAACUUUCAGAUAUCCCUGUUCAAAGUCUUGUGCCUGAACCAUUGAGAGCCAGUGCAUCUGCUGAAGAAUUUAUAGAGCAGCUACCUCAAUUUGACCAAGACAUGGCAAAGGAAAGACAAGAAGCUGAGGACUCUGGUGAUGUCUUGCGAUAUGUUGGGGUGGUGGACGUGGUGAGGCAAGAAGGGCGUGUUGAGUUGCGAAGGUAUAAGAAAGAUCAUCCAUUUGCACAGCUUUCAGGUUCUGACAACAUCAUAGCUUUCACUACUACAAGGUACAAGGAACAGCCUUUAAUAGUCCGCGGACCUGGUGCUGGAGCUCAGGUGACAGCUGGAGGAAUAUUCAGUGACAUUUUACGACUGGCUUCAUAUCUUGGUGCUCCAUCAUAAUAACCUCAGCUUUUCUAUACGUGGUUCCAUCUACGGAGACCUGAGUUUGUGCUUUUGUCAACGUAGUUGUAGCAGUGUUUUUGCUCUAGUUUUUGUAUGCUAAUGAAUGCUUUGCAAAUAGAGGUGCUUCUUUUACAUGAACAGCUUUUGGUGCAAGAGUAGUUUUGCAACCAUUUAUGGGCUUUGGUUUCGUUUUCUUGCCCAAGGCCCUGUAGCUCUUAAAAUUGUUAAGUCUAUUGCUCUCAGAAAUGCUCCUUGAGAAUUCAACAAGAGGCUUGAAUUGAAUGGUGAAUAAUAUAGGUUAAAUAUGGUUCAACCUGGUUUGGUA